UUAUUAGUGUAUUAUGUUUAUUAAACGAUGAAUUCAAUGCACUCUAACUUAUGGGCGCUGUAAAUCAUUGACUAUAUGAUGAUGAGUCCAAUAAUGUCAAAGGCGCAUACCUUAUGCCUAGCAUCUUGGGAUUAACAAAGAUGAGACUUCUUUUUAAGGAGAUUCUAGAAAUUAACAAAAAAUAGAACCACGUCAAUCUCAAAGAAAAAAGCUAUAAUGGCAUCAAAGCACCCCUUAUAAGUUCUGCACAUACCUUAUGCCUUGUGCUUACUGAAUUUCUUUGAAUGAAUCUUCACUUCAAUAUAAUCUCCACUACAACCUUAUACAUCUGUCAAUCAAAGAUUCAUGAUAAUGGCAUCAAAUCACCGCUUAAUUGUGAUUCCACCACCCCUUCAAGGCCACAUGACACCUAUGCUUCAAUUAGCCACUAUUCUUUAUUCUAAGGGCUUCUCCAUCACUGUAGUACACACCAAAUUCAAUUCCCCUGACCCAACUAACCACCCUGAUUUUACUUUUGUACCCUUUCAUGACGGUUUACCCGAUUCAUACACCGUUUCUUCCAAGAACUUUAUUCAUAUUUCUUCACACCUCAACACCAAUUGUGUCACACCGCUUAAGGAGGUUUUGGUUAGGAUCAUCAAGGAAGAGAAGAUUUCAUGUGUUAUCUAUGAUGGCUUAAUGCACUUCAUUGAUUCUGUGGCUAGAGAACUCAACCUUCCUACCAUACUCUUCAGAACCACAUGUGCUACUAAUUAUCUCUCUUACCAUUGGUUAUCUUUGCUACAAAGAAACGGAUAUCUUCCCUUACAAGAUUCUAGUAUGGAGAUGGUGGAAGGACUUGAACCUCUACGAUUCAAAGAUCUACCAAUUUUUAAUUUGGGAGAAUCUGCAACUGAUAUCAUGGUGAAACAAGUAACUGAAUCACUCUCAGUGAAACCAUCAUUAGGUGUCAUCUUCAACACCAUUGAAUUCCUUGAAUCUUCAUCGCUCCAAAAACUCCGAAAACUCUACAAAGUUGGUGUGUUUUCCAUAGGACCCUUACAUAUGUGUAUGGCGUCAUCAGAAACACAAGAGAAGAAUAAUAAUUGUUCAACAAGCCUCAUGAAAGAAGACUAUAGCUGCAUAACAUGGCUGAACGAACAAGAGCCAUGUUCAGUUCUGUAUGUGAGUUUAGGAAGCAUAGCAAGCUGGGAAGAGAAGGAACUAAUUGAAGUGGCAUACGGCUUAACAAACAGCGAACAAAGGUUUCUAUGGGUGAUAAGACCAGAAACGAUAGAGUCAAUUCCGGAAGAAGUGAAAAGUGCGACGAGAAAGAAGGGUAGAAUAGUAACAUGGGCACCGCAGAGAGAAGUUCUGGCGCAUAGAGCAGUGGGAGGGUUCUGGAGCCACUGUGGAUGGAAUUCGACGCUGGAGAGCAUGUGCUUUGGGGUUCCGAUGAUGUGUCAGCCGUGCUUCGGAGACCAGAGGGUGAAUGCAAGGUUGGUGAGUAAUGUAUGGAAGGUGGGAAUAGAAUGCUCGGAGAUGAGAAUAAAGAGGGAUGAGGUGGAAGGUGCGGUGAGGAGAAUGAUGGUGAGUGAGGAAGGAAAGUUAAUGAGAGAGAAAGCGGGGUUGAUGAAGGAUAAAAUUAAGAUAAGUGUUAGAGAUAAUGAUGCUUUAAAUGGAAUUGUUCAUGCUAUCGUCGUGUCUUCUUCUAAUUCUUCUGCACAACAUAAUAAUCAUAACUCGUCAUAGUCAUGGCCUCACUCUACAGUACACUACCUCUUCUUUUCCACGGUGUAGCUCAUGAUAAUGUAUAACAUUGUUUUGCAUACUAGAAUGUUCUUUUGUUGGUUCUUUAGACACAGUCGUGUUUUUUAGGUUUUAAAAAAAAAAAAAGUAUAGGUGAACAAUGAAAAUAUUAAACAAUGUAAA